AUGGUCCAAGAAGCCGACUUGAAACAGCAGGCUGAACAGCUUGGUCUGAGUGUGGACUCCAUUGACGAACUUCUCAGAUUAGGUGGCGAUUUAUGCAAAGGUGACGUGGACUCCGACAAGAUCAAGGCGGCACAGAGACAAGCUCUUCUAGACUCAUUGAAAGUGAAGAGGUUCCACAAGCUGUACAAACAAUGGGAGAAUCAGCGUCGAGAUGAUUUCAUUGAAAAAGAAGUUAGAGCAUACAACAAAAAAUACGCUCAGGUGACUCGGUUACACACCGAAUUGGCCGAAUUGGACGAGAAGUAUCGGGACAUGAAGAAAAGCGUUCUGCUACCAGCAUUCAAUUUCCUGAAACAGACACUCAAGGAGUUCGAAGAGGGACGUUUGCUAGAGGGCUUUGAAGACAAAUCGCUGAUUUCUCUAGACAGCCUCUACAGUCUCGAUCCAUCUACACAGACACCGCCAGACUACCAGACAUUCAAUAAGCUCAUGAACCUAGAAUUUCGUCUCCGAACGAUAUCGCAAAUCAAAUACGAGGUGUUGCUUCGUGUGAGAACGCACUUGACGUCUAAGAAUUCUCAGUGGGCCAAAAGAGAUGCCCUGCUUAACGAAUUCUUGCGUUCUGUCAGAGAAAAGAUUGACGAGGUCAAGAAGAUCCGUACUGCGGAGUCUCAGGACUUGAGAGAUGUCGACGCCGAGUUGGAUAUUGAUUUCAGCGACGACGAGGAUCAUGAGAAGGAGGAUGACGACAAGGAAGAUGAGGAGAAGGAUGGAGAUGAACAAGACAAGGAGAACGACGCUGAAGAUAAUGACAAUGAAGCGGACGGAAAAGAAGGCGAAGACGGCUCAGGUAAUGUUGACAGCCAUAUGGAGACGGAUAACGAGUUUGCAGAGGAGAAUGAUAGGAACGAUAGUGAGGAAGAUGAAGAGCACCAAGAGAAUGCUGACGAGCCAGACGGGGAAGAUGCGCAACAAGAGGAAUCAAAAGUUGAUGAAGAGAACAUUGACGACAGAGAGGAAACUCCGGCACUUGACGCCGAGCCUACAGAUAUGCUUAUCGACUAG